GGCCGCGCAAACACAAGAGGUCAAAGGUUGCCCCCCGGCUGGCCCGGGCCGGGGAUAAAGGGACCCGGGGCGCACAGGCACAGCGCAGAAGCCGGUGGGUCGGCGCUUACGGCUCCUCGCCACACCGGGAGGAUGAGGCUCGCCGCGGGCGUCCUGCUGGCCGCUGCCGUCGUGGGGCUGUGUCUGGCCACCCCAGACAAGACGGUGAGGUGGUGCGCCGUGUCCGAGCAUGAAGCCAGCAAGUGUGCCACUUUCCGUGACAGCAUGAAAACCGUCUUCCCCGCAGACGGCCCUCAGGUCGCCUGCGUCAAGAAAACCUCCCCCCACGACUGUAUCAAGGCCAUCUCGGGAAAUGAAGCUGAUGCGGUGACGGUGGACGGAGGCCUGGUGUACGAAGCAGGCCUGGCUCCCAACAACCUGAAGCCUGUCGUGGCGGAGUUCUACGGGUCACCGCAGAAUCCUCAAACCUUCUACUACGCCGUGGCCGUGGUAAAGAAGGGUACCGACUUCCAGCUGAACCAGCUCCAAGGCAAGAAGUCCUGCCACACGGGGCUGGGCCGGUCUGCCGGGUGGAACAUUCCCAUCGGCUUGCUCUUCUGUAACUUACCCGAGCCCCGGAAGCCUCUGGAGAAAGCAGUGGCCAAUUUCUUCUCGGGCAGCUGUGUCCCCUGUGCGGAUGCGGCUGCCUUUCCCCAACUGUGCCAGCUGUGUCCAGGGUGCGGCUGCUCCUCCCUUAACACGUACUUCGGCUAUGUUGGAGCCUUCAAGUGUCUCAAGGACGGCGGUGGGGAUGUGGCUUUCAUCAAGCACGUGACCAUAUCUGAGGUCCUGCCCGAGAAGGCUGACAGGGCCCAGUACGAGCUGCUGUGCCCGGAUAACACGCGGAAGCCGGUGGACCAAUACGAGCAGUGCCACCUGGCCAAGGUCCCCUCCCACGCCGUCGUGGCCCGCAGCGUGGACGGCAAGGAAGACUUGAUCUGGGAGGUCCUCAACAAGGCCCAGGAACAUUUCAGCCAAGGCAAAUCGAAAGAGUUCGACCUCUUCAGUUCUCCUCACGGGAAGAACCUCCUGUUCAAGGACUCGGCUCAGGGGUUCUUAAAGGUUCCCCCUGAGAUGGACUACAAGCUGUACCUGGGUUACCAAUACACCACCGCUGUUCGGCAUCAACGGGAAGGCGUCUGCCCCGAAGAGUCUCAGGAGGAAUGCAAGACGGUACGGUGGUGUGCCCUAAGUCACCACGAGAGGCUCAAGUGUGACGAGUGGAGCGUCAACAGCGGAGGGGAGAUCGAAUGUGAAUCCGCAGAGACCCCCGAGGGAUGCAUUGCCAAGAUUGUGAAUGGAGAGGCUGACGCCAUGAGCUUGGAUGGAGGAUACGUCUACAUCGCAGGCCAGUGUGGGCUGGUGCCUGUCAUGGCGGAGAACUACGAAAACACGAAUUGUGAAAGAAAAAGUACACCAGAGGAUGGGUAUCUGUGUGUGGCGGUGGUGAAGAAAUCCGAUCCUAGCAUCACUUGGAACAAUUUACAAGGCAAGAAGUCCUGCCAUACGGGAGUCAACAGGAAUGCUGGCUGGAACAUCCCGAUGGGCCUGAUCUACAACAAGAUCAACCACUGCAGAUUCGAUGAAUUUUUCAGCCAAGGCUGUGCCCCUGGAUAUCAGAAAAACUCCACGCUCUGUGACCUGUGUGCGGGCCCCAGCAAAUGUGCUCCUAACAACAAAGAGGACUAUAACGGUUACACGGGCGCUCUCAAGUGCCUCGUUGAGAAGGGAGAUGUGGCCUUCGUGAAAGAACAGACUGUCUUACAGAACACCAAUGGAAACAACCCUGCUGCGUGGGCUAAGGAUCUGAAGAAGGACGACUUUGAGUUGCUGUGUCUGGAUGGCACCAGGAAGUCUGUGGAAGAGGCCAAGAAAUGCCACCUGGCCCGAGCCCCCAACCAUGCUGUGGUCUCCCGGAAAGACAAGGCACAAUGUGUCCGCGCCAAGUUACUCAACCAGCAGACCUCAUUCGGAAGCCAAGUGAGCGACUGCUCCAGCAAGUUUUGCAUGUUCCACUCCGAGACCAAGGACCUCCUGUUCCGAGACGACACAAAAUGCCUGGUGGCGCUCCCGGAGGGCACCACCGUGGAGAAGUACCUAGGAGACGAGUUUGUGCAGGCCAUGAGUGGCUUCCGAAAAUGCUCCACCUCACGACUCCUGGAGGCCUGUUCUUUCCACAAGCAUUAAAAUCUAGGAGGUGAGGCUCUCCCAGCGAUGGCGAGCGGCAAUCGGCGUUGGGGUGACCCACAGGCUUCUCCCUCCCCGCCCCCCCCAAUCCCAGCCUGAAGCACUCAAGUCGGCCCCGCCUACUCCUCACCUUUCUGUGUUGCCAUGUGCUUGAGGCACAAAAUAAAAGCCUGCUGUCGAUGGU